AGAGAACGAGAAAACCGUAAAGUUCAGCUCGCUGCAGAGGAGUCGCUUCCACUCGGGUGCGAGGAAGACGAAACGGGUACGAACACAGCCGGGUCUCAUCGUUUCAGCAUUCGCCCGAUACCCUUCGAUUCGUCUUACAGAAGGUUUCUGAAGUUGUCGGGAUCGGUCUUACCAUGGCGGAUGAGGAGCCUGUUGAUCAAAAGAAGUACUUUGAGGAUUCUUGCAAGCCGAAAUGUGUGAAACCUUUGCUCGAAUAUGAGGCAUGCGUGAAGAGGAUCCAAGGAGAUGAAUCAGGGCACAAGCACUGCACCGGGCAGUACUUUGAUUAUUGGUUUUGUGUGGAUAAAUGUGUUGCUCCAAAAUUAUUCCCAAAACUGAAGUGACUGAGGAGGCCCCCUUGUUUUUAUCAUCUGUAUUCCGGGAUGUCUUUAUAACUCUGGACCGGGGCUCAAGUUUGCAAGAAUGCUCUUAGUCGUCUUCUACCUUGCACAUUUUGAGUUUCUAGUUGGAAUAAAGUGAGAAAUGAAGUUUCUCAUUUGCAAAACCGUGAUCGCUCCAUCGUUGUUGACAAGAUCGUACUUACUAAGGAUGCAUUGAUGGUUUAUCUCUUUUGUGUUAA